UUAACACGAGGAGAGAGUAAUGCACACCUCUGUAUCCGCGUCUCACAGAUACACUCCAGACUAACCUCUACUUGCUCUUUGAGGCUUUUGUCUCUUUUCUGCUCUGAAUGGCGGCAGCAGUUGAACCAAAGUCACCAAGAGGAGCAGAACUGCCAGUCAGUUUGUCUAAUGGCUCCAAACAAGACCAGAGCAUGGUCCAGAUAGAAUCAAAACAGCACAAAGCUGAGGAAAUUAAUGGAGAAGAAGGCCAGGCCUCAGCUAAAGAGACAGAGACUGCUGACACUAAAGAGAAGGCAAAGCCUCAGAUCCCCGGAGGAGGAGUAGCUGCUCUAAGGAAGCCAGGGUGUUGUGUCGGUCCUAGUACAAUAACACUGUCAGCUGUUGCUAGCAUUCACACUAGUAAAAUAUCACUGGGAGGUGGAGGAGUAGGGACAGGACGGUACUAUACUACUCAAGGAAACAACGCCAUUGCAAUAGUUGAGAGAAUACUAAACAACUGGCAGUGGUCUAAAAUUGGUGACAAGCACACGACUAGUUUCACAUUAAAAUGGGCUGACCUCCGACAGCAAAUAGACUAUCGUUGUUUCAGAGAAGGCGAACAAAUGGUCAAUCAUUUUCCAAAUAUAUCAAUCCUCACAACUAAAAUUGGUCUGCUGGAGUCCAUUAGAUCAAGCAAACGAAAGCUGCUCUCUCUAAGACUUCCUGUUCACCAGAUAAUACCUGAGACAUAUCGCUUGGACAUUCAGUCGGAGAGGGAAGAGUUUUUCAAAAUUUAUGUUGAGGACGAGCUAUGGAUAUGUAAACCAACAGGUGCUAAUCAAGGAAAGGGAAUAUUUUUAGUGAAAAGUUUGCAACAAGUCAAAGACAAGCUAGCAUUUGAUGAAGCACACUGCCCCGUAACUAGGCACCCAACACAACGAAUCAUACAAAGGUAUAUACAUAAUCCUCUCCUAAUUGAAGGACGUAAGUUUGACAUCAGAGUCUACAUGCUACUCAUAGCCGGAGAGAAAUCAAUAUUUGCCUUUUAUCGUGAGGGAUACAUCCGUCUCUCCUGCCUACCUUAUGAUGACAAGAGUAUGGACAUGACCAUUCACUUAACUAACCAGUACAUACAAAAGAAACACCCUCUCUACACUGAUGUUAAAGAAGACACUGUUUGGGAUUUUGAGAAAUUUCAGAAUUAUUUAAGUAAAAAUGAGAAGCUGCCAGAAGACUAUAUAGCAACUACACUUACACGUCAGUUAAGACACUUGAUGUUUGGUUGCUAUCACAGUGUUUCUCAUAAACUGGAGAGAAGAGUUGGUUACUUCGAAUUGCUUGGUUUUGAUUUUAUGCUAGACUCAAACUAUCAUCUGUGGCUAAUUGAAGUUAACAUCAAUCCGGCGUUGCAUACAAACUGUGAGACUCUUAAACAGAUAAUACCCGAUGUGAUAGAGGAAACAUUAGGUAUGGCCGUUGAAGUUUGGAGUAAGAGCAGGAGGUCUCGGCCGGUAUUUCCAAUUGAUGCUCAGAAAAAAUUUUAUACAAUUUUCCCUCCUUGAUUUUUAUAAUUAAUAGCAAUACUAUGAUCAUUAUGUGUGAAAUUUUUUAGACUCCCCAAAAUUAUCAUUAUUUUAUUAUUAUUUAUUGCUGUAAUCAUUUCCCACAAUGCACUCUAUUUUUCAAAAAUAAACAGCAAAACUCUCUUAACUUCUAAAA